AUGAAGAUGAAGGCAACAUCGUAUGCAUGGAUCAACCUGGUCAAGGCAUUGGCCGGUGUGGGUGUAUUCGCCCUUCCCAUUGCAUUUCAACAAGCUGGACUUUGGGUGGGGACUAUACUUACAUUUAUACUCGGAGUUGCUAAUGCUCACUGUAUGAUAAAGCUAGUCAAAUGUUCUCAAUAUCUCAGUAAAAGGAGAGAUUCUACUAAGAACAAUUCAAUGUUUACGAUGAAAACUCAUUCGCCACAGGCAUCUGACGAUGAGAGAGAAAAGGACUACUUCAUAUCGAAAGCUAUCCAAUACGAAAAGGAAGCGCUACAUAACGAUCUGAAUGGGGAAGAUGGCCAUAAAAUCAGGUUUGCAGUAAAUGUUUGCCUAGUUCUUCUGCAAUUAGGCAUCUGUAGUGUAUUCUAUAUCUUUGUGUCGGAUCAUAUCAAAGAGCUGAUCGACUUAAUAUUCAAAACGGAUGUCUCCCUCAAAAUUAUCUUUUUCGUUAUGAUUCCGUUCUUCAUAUUGCUGACCAGUGUUCAAAAUCUUUUCCUAAUGUCAUGCAUAUCUUUGACUGGGAAUGUGCUGAUUACGGUUGCUAUAGCUAUUGUGCUUGUGAAGCUAGCCAUGAUGCCACAUAUUCCUUUAUCGCAAUUAGCUGGGGCGACUACGAUUUCAGCUGCGGCACGUGCUGCUGGCAGUAUAACGUAUUCAUAUGCUGCUCAAGCUGUGGUGCUUCCUCUUGAAAACAAAAUGCGUCACCCGGAGAAAAUGCUCGGAUUUUUUGGUGUAAUCACGACGUCAGUCGCUUUUGUCGGUGUUCUCUAUGCAGCUGUGGCAAUCCUAGGCUACAUCACCUAUGGCUCAGAUCUUCAUGGCAGUAUCACACUUAAUCUCACCAAUAAGCCACUGGAUCUCUCUGUCAAAAUCAUGCUACUUCUGAUGACAUAUUGCGGUUAUCUGAUUCAACAUUAUCCUAUUUUCCAAAUGAUCUGGCCAUUGAUGAGACCCUGUGCUGACCGAGCACCCAAGUGUUUGUCGUGGACAGCGAACUAUACACUACGAUACGCCACCGUCAUUCUGUCAUUUCUUCUGGCAAUCAGUAUCCCGAAUCUCGAAGAAAUCAUUCCGAUUAUCGGCGUCACUACCGGAAUGUUGCUGGCGUUCGUAUUUCCGGCCGUCAUAGAAUCAGUCGUCUUCUGGGAACAAUGGAGGAAACGUGGCAAUUUCAUUUUGAUUCCCAACAUCAUACUGAAUAUUAUCUACACUAUACUUGGUAUACUAUUUCUUGUGAUUGGAGUACAUGCUAACAUUGUAUCCAUGACAACACCAAAGAAUGUCUGA